AUGGCAUCAACAACAACGAAGGUUCAUCUACGGAAGGAAUUUAUGUCACAGACUGAAAAAUAUGAUUGUCCGUAUGAGUUAGUCGUAAAUAUUUGCAGGUAUUUGCCACAAAUACUUGCAAGUUGGAAACAAAUUUUUUGGAAGAAAGAUUAUCCAACUUACAAACUUCAGGACGGUCAAAUUGCACUUAAACGCCGCGUCCCUUUCCGGUCAGUACAUGGAAGGUGGGAUCGUUUGGAAACACUGAAUACUUUAAACGCUAAUCAGCAACAAAAACCGUUUCUUCCUAGAUUCCUUUUCUCAUCUUUCAUCGCGCUUUUCUUCUUUUUUUCUUUUUCUCAUCAUUUCAUUCUCUCUAUCUUCAUUUCAAUAUUCCUCCUGCUCGCUUCUAUCUCUCUUCCUCUUCUCUCUUCCUCUUCUUUCUUCCUCUCUUUCUUUCUUCCUCACACUUUUCUUUCCAUAAAAUUUCUAACUGAUUUGAUCAAAGGACUUUUGGUUCUAUUCUCUCUCUCUCUCUCUUUCUCUCUCCUCUCUAUCUAUCUAUCUAUCUAUCUAUCUAUCUAUCUAUCUAUCUAUCUAUCUAUCUAUCUAUCUAUCCCAAUUUAA